GGUUUCGCCUCCCCCGCGUCCACCGUUAUUGCAUCGUCCCCCGGGACACCGCGUCUCUGCCUCCGCCUCGCGGUCCUGGGGUCUGGAGGGGCGAUCCGCGGGGAGAGGCUUCCGUGCGGCGCCAGGACGGGUGCGGGCUCCCCGGAGCAGGAGGCCGGGAGGAGGGACCCAGGCCCGGAGCCGCGGGGGCCGCUGCUGCAGAAGGGGGAGGAGAAUGGGAGGAGCUGGGGGGCAGGCUGUCCGGGAAGGAGGGGUCUUAAGGGGCGGCGAGCCCAGGUCGGACUUCCUCCCAGGCCGGCGGUCAGCGGAGCUCCCACCUUCCUGCCGAGCUCGCCCCAGCCUCCGUGCCCCGCGCCCUCCUUUGACCGGGACGGGACCAUGAUGUGGACACGCUGGCUCGCGCUCGCGCUGGUGGCCGUCGCCGGGGUCCGCGCCGAGGAAGAACUAAGGAGCAAAUCCAAGAUCUGUGCCAAUGUGUUCUGUGGAGCCGGCCGGGAAUGUGCAGUCACAGAGAAGGGAGAGCCCACCUGCCUCUGCAUCGAGCAAUGCAAACCUCACAAGAGGCCUGUGUGUGGCAGCAAUGGGAAGACCUACCUCAACCACUGUGAGCUGCAUAGAGACGCCUGCCUCACUGGAUCCAAAAUCCAGGUCGAUCAUGAUGGCCACUGCAAAGAGAAGAAAUAUGUAAGUCCAUCUGCCAGCCCAGUUGUUUGCUAUCAGUCCCACCGCGAUGAACUCCGGCGUCGCAUUGUGCAGUGGCUGGAAGCAGAGAUCAUUCCAGAUGGCUGGUUCUCUAAAGGCAGCAACUACAGUGAGAUCCUAGACAAGUACUUUAAGAGCUUUGACAAUGGUGACUCUCGUUUGGACUCCAGUGAGUUCCUGAAGUUCGUGGAGCAGAACGAAACCGCCAUCAACAUCACCACCUACGCAGACCAGGAGAACAACAGGCUGCUUAGAGGCCUCUGUGUCGAUGCUCUCAUUGAACUGUCUGAUGAAAAUGCGGACUGGAAACUCAGCUUCCAAGAGUUCCUCAAGUGCCUCAACCCAUCCUUCAACCCUCCAGAGAAGAAGUGUGCCCUGGAGGAUGAAACGUAUGCAGAUGGAGCCGAGACCGAGGUGGAGUGUAACCGCUGUGUCUGUGCCUGCGGGAACUGGGUCUGCACAGCCAUGACCUGUGAUGGAAAGAAUCAGAAGGAGGCCCAGAGCCAGACAGAGGAGGAGAUGACCAGAUACAUCCAGGAGCUCCAGAAGCACCAGCAAACAGUUGAAAAGACCAAAAGAGUGAACAUCAAAGAGAUCUAAGGAGGAGGCGUCCAGGAACCGGGUCCCAAGCCCGGCCCUUCUCUUCCACUUCUGCGCUGAGUCCAGUAUAUGCAAGUGUCUGCUGCAAUUGCCAAAUCACCAGUAUUUGCUUAUAUACCAAUGAGUUUUAUUUUGUCUAUUUGUUUUGCAGUAAAGGAAAUGGGGGUGGCUGGUUUGGAGGUGAAGGGCCAUCGCCUUCAUUUCUAAGACAGCUUUGAAACAGUAUAAAUGGUACUCCGGGGCUGGAAGCAAGUAAGGAAACUGCAUCAGGGUUGGGAGGGGAGCAGACCAAGAUCUGAACUACUUCUGAGCCUGCCGCAGAGAUGACCAAGCUGCAGGGAGUACACUCAAGGCCAGAGAGAACUUAGCAGGCUGUCCCUUGACAAGCAGCUUGGAAGCUCAGUGGAGAACGUGUUCUGCAUCUGGCCCUUCUGUUGCCAUCAGCACGGCAGACGUCCGGCAUCUGUGCUUCUCAUGACCCCAGCCAAUGGCUGCCUCUAGACACACAGCCAUCCUGCUAGCCACCCAGUGUCCCCCAGUCUUGGAGUUUCUGGGAGGGUACACCCAAAUGAUGCAGGUACUUGUAUCCUUUGAGGCCCUUGGAGACCUAACCAAAUUUUUAAAAUACUUUUUACCAAAGGUGCUAUUUUUCUGUAAAACUUUUUUUGGCAAGUUGACUUCAUUCUUUGAUUAUUAUCAUUAUGUUAUUGUUGUUGUGUAGUAUCUUCUUGACUAGAAAUUAAGCUUUGAUAAUUAUUUUUCAGUAGUGCUCCCAUUUCAGAGGUGGGAGGAUUUGGGGUUCUUCCUGGGGCAGGGAUUGCUGUAACCCAGACUCCCCCUAACCCUGCCACACACAAGAUGCAGCCUGGAAUUUGCCCCUUGGCUCCCAGUGAACCAACAGUUGGCCAGGGGAGCAGUGGGUGUCUCAGAAGCCAGGGGAAGAAGAAACAUCUCCAUACAAAGCUUUCAAGAUCCAAAAAGCUAAUUUGUUUUUGUUUAUUCUGAUUAGUUCAGGCCAAGCAGUAUACCAAGAUGGAGACUAGCAUAGAAGCAAGGGUUAGACAUCCCAGCCUGUCAGUGUGCUCACUGAUCCACCACUGACUAGGAGAGUGACUUUGGCCCUGUCUCUUCUAUUUCUGGGCCUCAGUUUCCUCAGUGAGUUGGUAGGAAUACAUUACCCUUUUGAUUUGACAAAUUACAAGUUUUGUGUUUCUGGUAAUUGGUCCAGAAGGUGACAGGUUCCCAUGAUUUUCCUUCUUCUUAGGAUAAGUGAAACCUUGUUGUUAUACCAAGAAAGAGUCAGACAGCCACAAUAAGAGACCAAAUUUGACCUUAGGCUGAAUGGCCCCACAGGUUAUACUGUGAUGUAGAGCCCUCUCGGGUAAAGCCUGCCUGAGAAGAGUGGAAAAGAAACACACACCACUUUGUCUUCACUUCUGCAUUUCAUCUCUAGCCUUGUUGGAAAUAGAAAUAGCUUUCCCUUUAGAGGUAGGCCAAAAGAAGCUUAUACAUUUCAAGAGCAGGGGGAUAUGGAAAUUGAAUCUUAUAACUGCGACUGUGGAUAAGUCAGUCGUUCCCGUCUUUUGACCUCUGUGAUUGUUAACCCCUCUCAGUACCAUGUUUUAGAUGCAUUUGGAGUAACAAAGAUUAAAAACUUGACAGAAGAUCUUUUCAGAAGGCAACUCUACAGACCAGAGGGAAAUAAUGUGUACUGUUCUGCACAGGCAACUCUGAGAAAGUUGUGCUGAAAAUGGAAUUCCUUCUAAACAAGUUUGUCUCCUUUCAAAGGAGCACCUUCCACGUUGUUGAGAGUUCUGUUUUUUAUGUAUCCCACUUAAAAGCUCUCUUGAAAGCCCACUUAUGCAAUCUGAAAUGCUCCUCUGCAUUCCAGCGCCUUGGAGAACUUGCAGCAGCAUGCCUUGGUCAAGUUUUCCAGCCCUUGGAUGCUGUGGAAGGGACGGCAGGAGUACCAGUUUGUUUAAAGCAAGAAGCUAGGGGCCCUCUUGGUGCAGUGGGCAGUGCGUCAGUCUCUUAAAGCAAGAAGCCAGAAGGUCUCCUCACAACUUAGACUUAGGACAGUGAUUGCCAUCCAGGACUACCUUCCCCUCCAACACUGAACUCCCCAGAGUAAAUCUGCAUUCUCUCCACCAUCCCCCGACCCCUGCCCCAACCCCGGAAAUAGGGACACUGUUGUUCACCCAAGAAUCAUAUGAUCUGAUGACCAUUUAUGGAAAGCUGCUAAAUAGCCUAGUUUGAGUCUUGCAUAGAGCUUUGCAUGGAGCAAAAAAAUCAGGUUCAGUUCUUCCAGCUUUCUAAAAGCACAGGGCAUAGACUGUAAACUUUCUUGGGCUUUCUCUGUGUGUAUAUGGUUUUGUAAACAUGUUACAACAUGUUAAGAUUCAGUGUCCAUGGAAACAUAAUCACAUGCCAUGACUCUGGACUCCAUCACUGUAUUUGGAAAGCAGGGCUCCUCCACCUGCUAAUAAGCCCAUGUGGACCAGUCUGAAUGUCUUUCUUUAUACUUAUGUUUUUAAAUAGUCAAAUUUUUAGAAGCAGUUUGAAAGUGUUUCCGUUGCCCAUGUGUUUGUGAAAUGUGUUUGUAUUUAGUAGGCUUCUAUAUGGCAUUUAACUUGUUUUUGUAACUCCUGAUUUUUUGGGGAGGGGAUACUAUUGAUAAAUAAAGAAAUUAAAAUAAU